UAUAUAUUGAUCAUAUUUUAGAAACAAAAACACAGCAAGAUAAAGAUACAUAAUUAAAGAUGAUUCAAUUAUUUCAAGGAAGUAUUGUGAAGAUAAUAUUCAUAUUCUCCUUGUUUGUUAUUAUGCCAGUAAGUUGGGCAAUUGAUAAUAAUAAUCCGUUAGUAGAACUUUCAAGCAGAGAAGAAUUGGCAAAGAUGGCUGGCUAUGGAGAAGAAAAGCUUUCUACUGUUAUCCUCCAUGGUACUCUUCUUUGUGGUGAUCACACACCACAUCCAGUUCCAGGUGCAUCAAUGGCGGUGUUUUGCGGAACUAUUGGGCCGGGGAAAGUAAGGAGAUCAUCAUGGGCCCAAAAUAUAACAGAUGAAAAUGGAGAGUUCAUAAUAGAUGUCCCUUCUCAUCUCCAUGCUAAUAUUCAUGAUCCAAACCUAUGCCAUUUUCAAAUCCUUCAUCUCCCAAAGGAGUACUCCCUUUGUGAUCAUCAUUCUUUUACAAAAAAGAAACACUACACACUAACAUCAUCCAAUAUUGGAUCAGAUGGCAUCCGCAUUUACACCACUCCAACGAUUCACCUAACCCUUAAAGCUAGCUCAUAAAUAUAAUUCACGCCAAGAAGAAGAGAUACAUCCGGACACAAUUCCUUGAGAUGGCGCUUUAGUCACACGCAUUGAGUUGUGACGCUCAUGAUGUUAAACAUUUAUCAUGUACAAUUUUGUAUAGCUUUUAAGUGUUGUACGUGAAAAGAGUAUUGUAGUGUGUAAGUUGUGUGAGAAAUCUUCAGUGUAACUCCAUGAGUGAUACCUUGAAAUAUGUAAAAACCCUUUUUCAACAACUGAUCAAUGAUAUGCGUAUGAUCGAUGUUCACGAA